AUGGCCUACAAGCAAGACGAACCUCCGGCUUACGGCCCUCCCCCAGGUGCCCCUCAACCUACCUAUGGUGGCUACCAGCAAGAUCCAUACCAGCAGCAAGGCGGCCAGCAACAGGGCUACUACCAACAACCUCCUCCUCAGAUGGGCUACUACAACCAGCAACAAGGACCCUUUCCCGCUGGCCAGGGCCCUUAUCCUCCUCAGCAGGGUCCCUACGGCCAGCCCCCUCCUCAGGGCUAUUACCCCAAUAAUGACCAAAGAGGUGGAGGCGGCGGCGGCGGUGGUAUCAUGACUGGUCUCAUGGCGGGUCUGGCAUGCUGUUGCUGUCUGGAUUGUCUCUUCUAA